GUACGACCCCCUUCCUCUCCUCUUCCUCUCGAUCUCUACUUGCUCUCGAUCCUCAUCACAACCGCCUCGCCUUCGGCCCUUUCUCUCUCGCAGCUACAGCCUCGUCGCCGAUCCAUCGCAGCAUCACAGUAGUGGCUCUCGCCUCAGUCUAUGUUCUUUCUCUGGCCGUCUCUCACCGUCGCAGUAACACGGUGUGAAUCGGUGGAGAUACCAGGGUCGUGUUGUUUGAGCACUCCUCAGGCAGUCAACCGACUCCUUGCUCUUUUCUGUUUCCUACUUUGAUUGCUCCAUUUUCUUCUGAGUAAGCAAGAGGUGUGAGAGUUCUUUUGUUUUCGUUUGAAUUAACUGAGUCAUGAAAGACAUUUGUGCGAUUCGCAGAUCUGGACCGUGAAGGCUGGCUUUCUAUUAAGGCUCUGCUUGAUCAAUAUCUUAUUUUAAAACAGAAUAAGAAUCUCGUUGGUUAAUCACUCCAUGAUGUCCAUCCAAUCAAGAAAAUGGAAAAUGGUCUUUCCGUUCUCUUCCUUUCUCUCCAAUUCCUUUCUUUUCUUUUCACUUCAUUUCCCUCUCAACUUAAAUUGCCAAUCGAAUUGUAUAAGAAAAAAACCCACUCACUCAGAAGAUCCGAAUUCCGGGGUGUCUUCCUCAUUGACUGCUCCGCACGGAGGAGAUCAUGAAGGGGGAGACAAACGGCCGAAAGGGAAUACCUAUGAAGUGUUCUUGAGCUUUAGAGGGAUAGACACGCGCAAAAAUUUCACCGACUAUCUCUAUACUAGUCUUAUCGAUGCAGGAAUUCAUGUGUUCAGAGACGACAAUGAGCUCCGUGUUGGUGAAGAGAUUGGUCCGGAGCUUCUCCGCAACAUUACGCAGUCCACGAUCUCUAUCCCAAUUAUUUCCGAGAACUACUUUUCCAGCAAAUGGUGCCUUCGUGAGUUGGUUCAGAUGUUAAAGUGCAAGAGGAGUAAAGAGCAAAUAGUGUUGCCCAUAUUUUACAAAGUGGAACCCUCACAAGUGCGACAUCCUACAGGGAGAUUGAGAGAAGCUAUCGAUGCACAUAAAAAGAAUAUGGAGGAAAUGGUUGUGAAGGAAUGGGAAGAAGCACUCAAAGAAGUUAGCUCCUUGAAAGGAUGGGAAUCGGAGAAAAUUGAUAAUGGGCAUGAAGGAGCAUUGGUCAAAAUUGUUGUCACAAAAGUUCUAAGCGAGUUAAAAGGAACAUUUCAGCUAAUUGUUUCCCAACAGUUGGUUGGGAUUGAUGAUCAUAUCGAACAUAUUAUGAGCUUGAUAGAUGCUAAAUUCAAUGGUAUAUGGAUCAUCGGAAUUUAUGGAAUGGGUGGCAUCGGUAAAACAACUCUUGCGAAGGCAUUAUACAACAAGUUCUUUGGUCAGUUUGAGCAUCAUAGCUUUGUGGCAGAUUGUCGAGAAGCAUACCAACGUGAGGGUAUUAAAUGCCUACAAAAGCAGCUCAUAUCUAGCGUAGGAAGUCCAUGUGAUGUGUCUAAUGUGGACGAGGGGAUCCGUCUCAUCAAAUCUCAAUUUGCACAUAAGAAAGCACUCAUUUUUCUUGAUGAUAUAGAUGAUAGUGCUCACUUGAAAUAUUUGGUCGAUCGUAAUUGGUUUAAAGUAGGAAGUAUAGUCAUCAUAACAACUAGAAACAAGGAUGUUCUUGGCCAAGCUAGUGCAGAUCACAUGUACCAACUAAACGAGUUGUCUUUAGAUCAAUCAUUGAUUUUAUUUAGUAGACAUGCAUUUCAAAAGGAUUCUCCUCCAAGUGAUUAUGAAGAUAUCUCUUGUGAUGUCGUAUCUACUACUGGGGGGCUCCCAUUAGCUCUAGAAGCUGUAGGUUCAUUCUUAUGUAGAAAGGGAGAAAACGUAUGGAAAGAUACGUUGAAAAAAUUAAAGAAAGUGCCCCACGAGAAAGUGCGAGAGAAGUUGAAAAUAAGUUACGAAGCAUUAGAUUAUGACGAGCAACAAAUAUUUUUGGAUAUUGCAUGCCUCUUCAUUGGAUCACGUAAACAAAAUCCAACUUAUAUGUGGGAUGCUUGUGAUUUUUUCCCCGAGAAGGGGAUUGAAGUAUUAAGUCUUAUGUCCCUAAUUAAAAUUGACGAAAUCGGAAGGCUAUUGAUGCAUGAUCAAUUGAGAGAUCUUGGAAGGGAAAUUGUUCGUCUGGAAAAUCCAAAGGAGCCUCAAGAGCAUAGCAGAUUGUGCAUCUAUGAGGAAGCCCUAGAUGUGCUUGAUAACAAUGAGGGUUGGUAGAUGCAUUUGAAUGGUUAGAGUUGUAUUGGUUCACAUAUACAUGAUGGGAGUAAAGGAAGUGUUAUUUCACAUAUAAAGGGCAUUAAUUUUGAUAAAUAUAUUUUAGUAUAUGCAUGAAGAGAGGCCUUCCAUUGUAAUUGCAAAUGGACCCAGAUUUUGGAAAUUCAUAAGGUCGAAAUUGUGAAAGGUAUAGUUGGAUAAGGAAAAAGUUUGGAAACAACCACUUGAGCUUCUCAUCUUUACAUAGAUUAGAUAAAUAAUAUCCAACUACAACCUUUCAUUUCACAAAAUUCAAAGUGAGAAGCCUACGCCAUAGUAGUAUGACAGCAAAUUGAAAUCAAUGCAUUUUAUUUUAUAUCAAUUGGUGUCAUCUCAUCAUUCAAAACUUAUGGUCCACAAUGUUUCCAAGCUGCAGGGCACCAAAAAGAUUGAGGCCCUUUCUCUUGGCAAAUGUAGUAAGGGAAAAAGAUACGCAGCUGAACAAUUUAAAGAAUUGACCAACUUGAGGUUCCUUCAAGUGGAUGGUGCGAAUUUCACCGGAGAUUUCCAAAGCUUACUU